AUGAUAGACACGGGAAAGUGGUCACCACCUGGCAAAAGGAACUCCGGCGGCAACGGAGGGAAUCGAAAAAGGGAGCCGAAUUCCAUGAUAGGGGCCAUUCUGGCCACUUUCUGGGAGUACACCGAGCGAACCAAGGUGAGCGGCAUGUGGCUGCUGCGUCGGAACCGCACUUACGGCGUCUCCAGGUUCAUUUGGUCCUCGGUGCUGCUGCAGUUGCUCCUACUGAGCAUCUACCUCACCCUGCUGCUCUGGCUGAAGUUUUACUCGUACCCCAUCCUCAACACCAUCUCCAACGAUCUCUCCAUCACGGAUGUGGCCUUUCCGGGCGUGACCAUCUGCAGUCCCAAGGUGGUGAACUCAGAACGAGUGGAUCGCUACGUGAAGACACUCAAGAUUCCCAAGGAGUACGACAUCGCUGAGGUGGCUGCUGGAUUCGAGUUCCUCAACGCCUUCACGGACCAGAGCUUUGAGCCUCCUAGUCACGAAAGCUUCAGGGCUACGGAUGCCGUGCUGCGGCUGAAUAAUGUAACCACCUGGGAGGCAGCCAUGGCCGUCAGUCCCGGCUGCUCCGACUACGUCAAGCGCUGCUUCUGGGGCCACACGGAGUUUCAGUGCAACCAGAGUCACGAGUACCUCUCGUUUAUUCCCACGACGGCUUACCUGGGUCCCUGCUGCUCCUUCAACUACAAUCCUCGCAACGCCAGCUUCGUGCCGUUCUCAGCCAACAUAUUUGGCAUGGAUGGGGGUCUGACAUUUGUGGGGGCGGAGGGCAGCGAACGCAACCUCAACACUGGGCUCAUCGUCCUGGUGCAUCACCCCAUGGACUAUGUAACGGAGUCGGCUGCCUCGGUGACCAUCACUGCGCGAUCGGAGAGCUUCGUGGAAGUGUCUCCCACUGUGCAGAGCUCCUCGGUCGAGGUCCUGGAGUUGUCGGAGCGGAAGCGUGACUGCCUCAUUUCGGAUGACCUGCGCCUACGAAACUAUAGGCAGGCGGCCUGCCUCCUCGCCUGCCAGACCGAGGCCAUUGUGCAGAAGUGCGGCUGCCACCCGUACCUCCUGCCCAUCGUGGGUAACAAGUUCAAGGAGUGCAACUUGAACGACACCUUCUGCUACUCAGCCAACUACGACAACUUUAAAAGCGUGCGCUGCGACCAGUGUCUGCCCAACUGCUACGAUGUCACGUAUUCGACUCUCUCCUACAAAACGGACCUCAACCAACACCAGUUCUCUGUGAGCCGCUACUACUCUCCUGAGCUGCUGAACAGCGAUAGCUUUGUACUUAGGGUCUACCUAGCAAAGCAAGUAGUUCCAGUGAUUCGAAAAGUGACCGUGAUGUCUUGGAUUGGUCUAUUAUCGGAUCUGGGUGGCAUUUUCAAUCUCUGUCUAGGCCUUAGCAUGAUCUCCGUGGUGGAGUUCUUCUAUUAUUGCACCUACCGCUUCUACAUCAACUACCAGCUCCAAAAGGCCCAGCUGCCAAGGAAGGCGUGGCAGUAGAUAUCACUUUUAUCCAUAAUUUUUUAU